GCUUUUUCGUGGAUGGAGGAGGAGAGAAGGGAGGGUAUAAACGAGGCGAAAGGGAGGAGGAAGAGAAGGUUAAGCUUCCACACAUCAUCAUCAUCAUCAUCAUCGGAAACUCUGGUCGGAGCCGCUUCCGCCCACACGAAAAAUGGCAGCUCCCUUGCUGGAGAAAGUCUCGGAUUAUUUAGGCUCGCCUGAGCCGGCGGUCCGCCUGAUUCUGUCGAUUUUAAUAGGUUAUCCCUUUGCACUGGUGUACCGACGGUUCCUGUUUCAUCAGUCAGCAUCUGUCAUUCAUCUGUUCCACACUCUCUCAGGGCUGUCCCUGGCCAUUUUUAACUUUGCAGGGUCUCAGGUCUAUCACUCCGCAUUAUGCAUAAUCGUCCAGUUCCUCUUCCUGAGGCUCAUGGGAAGGACGGUGACGGGCGUACUGAGCAGCUUUAUCUUUCAGAUGGCGUACCUGUUGACCGGUUAUUACUACACGGCCACAGACGAGUACGAUAUAAAGUGGACGAUGCCUCACUGCGUCCUCACGCUCAAGCUCAUCGGUUUAUCGCUUGAUUACUACGACGGUGGAAAAGACCCAUCUCAGCUGAGCGCGGAGCAGAAGCAGGGCGCUCUCUCCUCCACUCCGUCUCUGCUGGAGGUUUGUGGUUUCUCUUAUUUCUACGGCGGAUUCCUGGUAGGGCCCCAGUUCACCCUGCGCAACUACCAGAGCCUGGUGUCCAGAGAAAUGAGCGACUGCCCUGGCCAGGUGCCCAACAGCGCGAUCCCGGCCUUGAAGCGCUUCUCUUUGGGUUUGGUCUUCCUGGCCAUCUUCGCGGUAUGUGGGCCGUACUAUCCAGACAGCUACUACCUUACGGACGAGUUUGAGGCCCAGCCGUUCUGGUACAGGUGUGUGUUUAUCCUUCUGUGGGCGAAAGUGAACCUGUACAAAUACGUCAGCUGCUGGCUCAUAACGGAGGGGGUGUGUAUUCUCACCGGGCUGGGCUAUAACGGCCGCAGUAAGACGGGGGAGCCGCAGUGGGACGCCUGCGCCAACAUGAGGGUGUGGAUGUUUGAAACCACGCCGCUCUUCACAGGAACCAUCAACUCCUUCAACAUCAACACUAACGCCUGGGUGGCCAGGCACAUCUUUAAGAGGUUGAAGUUCCUGGGUAAUAAGAUGGUGUCUCAGAUGGCGACGCUGCUGUUCCUGGCGAUCUGGCACGGCCUGCACUCGGGCUACAUUCUCUGCUUCACCAUGGAGUUCAUCAUCGUUAACGUGGAGCGGCAGGCCCAGGCGCUGGUGAAGGACAGCCCCACUCUAACGGCCAUCACAAACGGCCCCUUCUAUCCUCUCAUUUACGUGGUCCAGCAGUUCAUCCACUGGCUCUUCAUGGGCUAUCCACUAGUGCCCUUCUGCCUGUUCACUUACGACAAGUGGCUCAAGGUUUAUUCGUCGGUGUAUUUCUGCGGUCAUCUCCUUUUCUUCUCUGCUGUUCUUAUCCUACCUUACCUCCGGAAGGCACUGGUGCCACGGAAAGCAAAGAGCGACAAAAAGGAGAACUAGAAAAUUGGGUUUUCUCUCUCCAUGUCUCCUGAAGCGACUGAAGGGAACUGUGACUUUUACAGAGCAACAGAUCUGGAAAAUAUUUUAAGGCCUUUAAUAAUAUAUAUAUAUAUACAUGCGUACAUAAGUCUGUAUAAAUUCCUUUUUCUUUUUGUUUUUUCUUCGUGACGAGACGUUAUUUUUGGGAGAGGGGUUUAAGUGACUGAAUGAAGAGAUGAUGAUGGCUAUAGAAUCACAAGUUGAUUACUUUUAUUUCUCUCGUCCAAUGAGACGAUUUCGGAGGCAUUUUGGUCAGUGAUCCGUGUGAAGGCUGGGAGUUGUUGCGGACGACCGCAGCCACAAAGAAGAUGCACUCUAACGCUCCGAUUCGGAGCUGUCGACAUACACGAACGAUCGACCGGUCAGCGAGCUGUCCCAGGACGGACCGAGAACAAGGGUCUGUGUUGGAGUACGGCCUACGGUCAAUGCUGUUGACUAAAGAGACUGCUGCUUUGGAAUUGACCGAUCCGUGCUCCCGACCCAAAUGCAUUCCUUCGUAGCAACUGUUGCCAGGUUGGACAAGCUUUACAAACGUUGGGGAAAGUUUUGCUUGACUUAUUGAGAAACCGUAGCAUAGGUUUUUAUCAAAAUACGUCAUUUUAUGCGUCCAGUGUUCGUGCGUUCGGGGAGUAUAUUGGGGGACUUUUCGGUCCAAAUUACAUUACGUCCAUUUGGUAACGACGGGCUUGUUGUCCAUCAGCGUUGACCAGUGCUGCAGUGCCCCCUACUGUCAGCUCUGCUUUCACUAAGCGUUGCUGAUCAGCAGGCUAAGCCCAAGUCAGCAGGACGAAAGCAGGAUUUUCCGCCGUCGUCAUCGUCUUCCGACUGCUUGGUUGUAACUGUAAUGGUUCUGAGCUCCAUUCCCGGUUUUAGUUCAUCUAAAUGCACAGGAGUUGAGGUGUCCUGUGAGUAGAAUUUUAGCUGGCUAGCAUUAGCCUAGCUAGGAGGCUACAGACCUAAACACAAGAGAACGGGUUUAAUCUCGGCUUCCUUCCCCUCAAACGCCAGCCGAUCGGCUUCGGCUCCUCCGACUCGAGUCACCUGAACUUCAGCGAAUCAGUUCUGUGGCGAGAAGUAGCAUGCUAACUAAGCUAGUGCUAAUCAGCGCCUCUCUUCUGGUUAGCGGUGCUGUUUAGCAUUUAGCCGUUGGCGGUCUGACGUUGCGUGGAGUGAAAAUUGCGAGCUGCCUUCGUUUGAUCGAGUGCCGAUGUGACCGCUUUAGCGUUUUGACGUGUUUGUUGGUGUGACAGGAGGUUAAGGCUUCGUUGCCCCCAUCUGGCACAAAUGGGAACUGUCCUAAAUAUCAGGACGCUGGCAUAAAAACGGCUUUAAAUAGUGAAAAUGUUCGUAUUUAUCACUGAUUUAUCGUUUAAAAAGUGCAUAUCGUUCCAGCUCUAGCGACUCUAUGGAGCCACCAAUACGACGGCGUGAGACGAAUAGAGGCGGAAAUCUUCGCUGUGAGAUUAAAACGUCGUAUCUCCAGAAACAACUUUGGACGUAAAGUAAUGAAGCUUCAAGUCUUUUUCUUUUUUUUACUCGCUUUGUUGGCCCAUUUGGCAAGAAAUCGGCACGAUGUGAAGCGCAACUUGAAAAUAAUGAAGGAAAAAGGGCAAAAACGGAGAUUUAAGGCUUUGAGCUUUGAGCUGUGGUGUCUCAUCACGUUGAGCGGGACUUCUUGUUCUGUAAAGCUUGUCCAACCUCACAAUAACAGCUGUGAGAGAAGGUAUGUGGGCGGAGCUUGGAUCCGCAACUUAGUUUGAUUUUAUUUUUUUUUUCUUAUUUGAAAGUUUAUUUUAUAUUAUUGUUAUUAUUACUAUUUUUUUUUUAAACUUUUUUUUUCUGACCUGCAGCCAGUGCUCAGAUUCAAACUGAUUCAAGACACUGUAAUGUAACACACACACACUCACUCACACACACACACAGUGCAGUGAAACAAGAUAUGCCUUUCCGUGUAAAUGAAUGUUAACUCUUGAUUCUUUUUGGCAGUGGAGAUAUUUUAGCGAUCAAUUUUAGGAUGGGUUGUUUUGAACUUUUGUAGCUUUUUUCCACAACCAGGAAUGUCCGACUUUUUCACUUGUAUACUUUUGUCUAAACUGGAACACAAGCAAAAAAACAAAAAAGGAGGAAUACGAACCCAGGAAAGGUUAAAAGAACACUAUACUUGCCAAAACGGUCUUUUUCUGUUUUUUUUGUAAGAAGUGAAAUCGUGCUUUCUCGGCACCUGGUCUCGCGUAGCCUGACGUGGUCCCGUAACGACAGUGCAACUCAAACUUUUGGUGCCGGUUUGCGCCACAAGCAAGGGUGCGGCCCCCUUUCACCUCCACCCCCACCCCCAAUCCACGUUCUUAAUUGGAGAACACUAGGGGACUUUUCAGCCGUGCUAACUUACACCACGUCUGUGGGCUGACGACAGUCAGACAGCAGCCGUGUCCCAAUUCAGAGGCUCCUUCGACGGAGGCCGUGUGCGAUACCUACAUUUAAGUGCUUCCUCAGCCGCCCUUCGCUCCUCUGCUGACGCCGCCGUGUCCUCGAGUCCUCGCCCGCACGCAGUGAACCUCAGGAUAAGUUGGCUGGCGUUGGAUGCACGCGCUGAAAAAGGAGGACACAUUUGUCGGCUGCGUAUGAAGUAGGCUUUGAAAUGGGACGGCCUAGUUGCACCGCUGUGACGCAGUCAGCCUCCGAAGGAUCCGCCCCUGAAUUGGGACACCGGCGCCCCCUACUGUCGGCUCUGCCUUCACUAAGCCUUGCGUUGGUGGAGAUGUUUCACGCUCGCUUUGUUCCCACACCGGUUCGUCUCCACGUUCAGCCCAUAACGCUUCUCAGACGUUCUCGGUACGAGAUCACGCCGGGCCGCGCAGCACUACGUGGCCUCAUGCGGGUCAGCCUGCAGCGAUGGAUCUGUCCUUUUUGCUGCCCUCAGCACUGCCACAGCGGGAAGACCGAGAGGGACUCACUGUAGCGUCGGAAUGAUCCGAGUAACGAACGUUUCGCUGAUGUGAAGUAAAUGUUGGUGGAGAGACUAAUUCUGCCUUACUGUUACCAAAUGUACAAAGAAGAAAAUGAUUUUAAAUGACACUUCUUUUUGUAAAGUUCAUUAAAAAAUGCUGGAUUUGAUCAAACGCA